AUGAAAAUGGUAACAUUAGCAGAACAGGCCGAGAAAUUGCUGGAUUUCAGCCAGAAGCUCGAUAUUCAACUACUUGACAACAUCGUGUCUUGCAUGUACACUGCUGAUGGCCAACAGCAACGAAUGGCCCAGGAAGUGUUGACGGCACUCAAGGAACAUGCUGAUGCUUGGACUCGGGUGGACACAAUUCUGGAGUAUUCCAGCAACCAACAGACCAAAUAUUACGCUCUCCAGAUUUUAGAAAAUGUGAUCAGAACUCGGUGGAAGGUUUUGCCAAGAGAGCAGUGUGAAGGCAUCAAAAAGUACAUUGUUGGUUUAAUCAUCAAGACUUCAUCAGAUGCAGUCUUGUUGGAAAGCGAGAGGGUCUAUCUUGGGAAGCUAAACAUGAUCCUAGUUCAGAUUCUGAAAUAUGAAUGGCCAAGGAACUGGCCUACCUUCAUUAGCGAUAUUAUUGGGGCCAGUAAAACGAAUGAAUCACUUUGCCAGAACAACAUGACCAUACUGAAGCUGCUGAGCGAGGAAGUGUUUGACUUCUCCACUGGCCAGAUGACACAGGCUAAAGCCAAGCAUCUCAAAGAUACCAUGUGCAGUGAGUUCUCCCAGAUCUUUCAGCUGUGUCAGUUUGUCAUGGAUAAUAGUCAGAAUGCGCCCCUUGUUGGUGCCACGCUGGAAACUUUACUCCGAUUCCUAAACUGGAUUCCCCUUGGCUACAUCUUUGAGACAAAACUGAUUACUACUCUCAUUUAUAAGUUUCUCAAUGUUCCACUGUUCAGAAAUGUCACAAUGAAGUGUCUAACAGAAAUCGCUGGAGUCCAGGCAUCUCAAAGCUAUGGGGAACAGUUCCUACAGCUAUUUACUCUAGGAAUGACCCAGUUGAAUCAGAUGCUUCCACUGCAAACAAACAUCAAAGUGGCCUACCAGGGAGGCACAGACGAUGAACAGAACUUCAUCCAGAACCUCAGCCUGUUUUUGUGCACUUUCCUGAAGGAACACGCACAGCUGGUGGAGACAAAGCCAGAACUGCAUCCACUUCUCAAGGAGGCGUUGCACUACCUUAUUCUGAUUUCACACGUUGAAGAGGUUGAAAUUUUCAAAAUCUGCCUGGAAUACUGGAAUCAUCUUUCAUCAGAACUCUACAGAGAAAACCCAUUUUCAGACUCACCCUCGCAGCCUCUCAUAUUUUCAGUAUUACGAACACAUAACCAAGAAGUACCAGUUCGAAGACAGCUUUAUAACCCCAUACUAUCAAAGCUCCGUUUGGUGAUGAUUUCUCGUAUGGCGAAGCCCGAGGAGGUGCUCGUGGUAGAGAACGAUCAGGGGGAAGUUGUCAGAGAGUUCAUGAAGGACACCGACUCAAUUAACCUUUACAAGAACAUGAGGGAGACUCUAGUUUACCUGACCCAUCUGGACUACACUGACACAGAAAACAUCAUGACAGAAAAACUACACAAUCAGGUCAACGGCACCGAGUGGUCAUGGAAAAAUUUGAACACAAUUUGUUGGGCGAUUGGAUCUAUCAGUGGAGCCAUGCAUGAGGACGAUGAGAAACGAUUUCUAGUCACAGUUAUCAAGGAUUUGCUGGGCUUGUGUGAGCAGAAACGAGGCAAGGACAACAAAGCUAUCAUCGCCUCAAACAUCAUGUACGUGGUUGGGCAGUACCCACGCUUCCUGAGAGCUCACUGGAGAUUUCUGAAGACUGUAGUCAACAAACUAUUUGAGUUUAUGCAUGAAACUCAUGACGGUGUACAAGACAUGGCUUGUGAUACUUUCAUCAAGAUAGCCCAGAAGUGCCGACGGCAUUUUGUGCAGGUUCAAGUGGGAGAGGUGAUGCCCUUCAUUGAAGAAAUCCUCAACGGAAUCAACACUAUCAUCUGUGACCUCCAGCCUCAACAGGUGCACACAUUCUAUGAAGCAGUGGGUUUGAUGAUUGGGGCACAGGUGGACCAGCUUGCCCAGGAACAUCUCAUUGAGCGGUAUAUGCUGUUGCCUAAUCAGGUCUGGGAUGGAAUCAUCAACCAGGCCACACACAAUGUCCAGGUACUCAAAGAUCCAGAAGCUGUCAAGCAGCUGGCAAAUAUACUCAAGACCAACGUUAGGGCUUGUAAAGCCUUGGGACACCCGUAUGUUGUCCAGCUGGGCCGUAUUUAUCUUGAUAUGCUCAAUGUCUACAAGGUGAUGAGUGAGAACAUCAGCAGUGCCAUCGCCACCAACGGAGAAAGCGUCACCAAACAACCUCUGAUCAGAUCCAUGAGAACUGUGAAGAAGGAGACGCUAAAGCUCAUUUCUGGAUGGGUGAAUCGUUCUACAGAUCCUCAGAUGGUUGCAGACAAUUUUAUCAUGCCACUGCUGGAGGCAGUGUUGCUGGACUACCAGAGAAAUGUGCCCGCAGCCAGAGAGCCCGAAGUAUUAAGUACCAUGGCAACUAUUGUAAAUAGUCUCAAGUCCCACAUCACCAAAGAUAUCCCCCAGAUUUUCGAUGCUGUGUUUGAGUGUACGUUAACUAUGAUCAAUAAAGACUUUGAAGAAUUUCCCGAACACAGGACCAAUUUUUUCUUGCUGCUUCAGGCGGUCACACAGCACAGCUUCCAAGCGUUGCUGAACAUACCCCCUGCCCAGUUCAAACUGGUGCUGGACUCCAUUAUCUGGGCGUUCAAGCACACGAUGCGCAACGUGGCAGACACUGGCCUGGAGAUCCUCUACGUGCUGCUACAGAACAUGUCCAGGGAGGAGGCCACUGCCCAGAGUUUCUACCAGACCUAUCUGACGGACAUCUUGCAGCAUUUGUUUUCUGUCAUCACAGACAGCUCUCACACAGCAGGUCUGACAAUGCAAGCCACAAUUCUAGCCUACAUAUUUAAUCUUCUGGAGCAUGGGAGGAUCACAGUUGCCUUGAGUCCCAACAUGGCCACAGCACAGAAUAUUGUCUUUGUGCAGGAAUUCUUACUCUCGCUCCUGAAAACAGCAUUUCCUCAUCUCAGUGA